AAAUAGGAUAGCGUCGUUCUUCUUAAAGUGACGGGCUGAAGGCAAUUGUCAAUCCAGCGGUUGCAAGGGCGAUUUAGCUAUUCUGAAUCCAAUCACUGGCCGAAUUUCAAGACGACAAUCUCAGGUUUCCGCCCCCUCAUGGGGAAGAGGUAUGAAUAAGUGGAUUGUUUCCCGGGUGAGGGGAAGAGGAGAACCUUAGACAAUCCGUUCCAAGUGUUAGAGGUGCAGCCAAUUCCGUCCUCCAGCAAUCUUACCCACCCCCAUCCCACUGGCUCUGCGAGGCUGAGCUUCUGACCCGUUUCAGAUAUGAAGAGAAUGAGGCACAGGGAGGAUGGGUCACACAGCCCUGCAACUUCGGAGCCAAGACAAGUUUGUCCCUCCGGUUUACCCCUCUUCCAAGCCAGAUUCUUUGCCCCAAUUUUGCUGAUGCAGUUGUAGACUGCGGUGAUGGCCAGUCCUUAGCAGAAACCAACCUCAAUCCCAAACCUGCUGUCAUGGGGGUUCGGGGCUACCUUUCCCCUCCUUUUGCCUCUCCUUGCCGGCCUACCCAGGAACUCCCUGGUUCAGUCGCCCCGCAGCCUCUGGGAGGGGAGCGGUGCUACCCGCCCGCGUCAUCUGAUGCUGUUUCCUGCAGGAGGGAGAACAGCGGAAAAAAGUGAAACUCCACCCUCCACCUCUGCCUCCCGCCCCCGGGGCCAAAGUACAAAGGGAGGAGGAAGAAGGGAGUGGGGUUGGAGCCAUUGGGUCGAGAGAGCCGAGCCGGGAAGAGGCAGCUCCACCUAACACUCCAGCCACCCCCUGCGCAAAGAGACCCAACCGAAGUCUAGGCGCUGCCCCUUGCUGGUCCCACCUUACACUUAGUGGGUGGUGGAGCCAGGGUCCCAGGACUGCUCCGGACUGAGGGACGCCCGGUCCCCUCUGUGCUGGCCAUGGUGAGACGCCGGAGGCCCCGGGGGCCCACCCCCCGAGCCUGACCACACUGCCCUAGGUCGCCCUCCUCUGGAAGCCCGAGAUGCGGGGGGCCGGGAGGCGACACUCCUGGCUCCCCAGAGAGGCGUGGGUCUGGGGCUAAGGGCCAGGGCCCGGAUGCCCAGGUUCCGGGACUAGGGCCUCGGCAGUCAGGGGCACCUAGGGAAGGUCCCCACACCCCCCAGCACCAGCUCCCAGCCAUGGAACCCUUGAAGAAUCUCUUCCUCAAGAGCCCGCUGGGGUCAUGGAACAGCGGGGGCAGUGGGGGCAGCGGGGGCAGCGGCGGUGGAGGUUGGCCAGAGGGGUCCCCGAAGGCAGCAGCUUAUGCCAACCCUGUGUGGACAGCCCUGUUCGACUAUGAGCCCAGUGGGCAGGACGAGCUGGCCCUGCGGAAGGGCGACCGUGUGGAGGUGCUGUCCCGGGAUGCAGCUAUCUCAGGCGAUGAGGGCUGGUGGGCGGGCCAGGUGGGUGGCCAGGUGGGCAUCUUUCCAUCCAACUAUGUGUCUCGGGGCGGUGGUCCGCCCCCCUGUGAGAUGGCCAGCUUCCAGGAGCUGCGGCUGGAGGAGGUAAUUGGCAUUGGUGGCUUCGGCAAGGUCUACCGAGGUAGCUGGCGAGGUGAGCUGGUGGCUGUGAAGGCAGCUCGCCAGGACCCCGAUGAGGACAUCAGUGUGACAGCUGAGAGCGUGCGACAGGAGGCCCGGCUUUUUGCCAUGCUGGCACACCCCAACAUCAUUGCCCUCAAGGCCGUGUGCCUGGAGGAGCCCAACUUGUGCCUGGUGAUGGAGUACGCUGCUGGUGGACCCCUCAGCCGUGCCCUGGCUGGGCGGCGUGUGCCCCCCCAUGUGCUCGUCAACUGGGCUGUGCAAAUUGCCCGUGGGAUGCACUACCUGCACUGCGAGGCCCUGGUCCCUGUCAUCCACCGAGACCUCAAGUCCAACAACAUUCUGCUGCUGCAGCCCAUUGAAGGUGAUGACAUGGAGCACAAGACCCUGAAGAUUACUGACUUCGGCCUAGCCCGCGAGUGGCACAAAACCACGCAAAUGAGUGCUGCGGGCACCUAUGCCUGGAUGGCUCCCGAGGUUAUCAAGGCCUCCACCUUCUCUAAGGGCAGCGAUGUCUGGAGUUUUGGGGUGCUGCUGUGGGAAUUGCUGACUGGGGAAGUGCCCUACCGGGGCAUCGACUGCCUUGCUGUAGCCUAUGGAGUGGCCGUUAACAAGCUCACACUGCCCAUCCCAUCCACCUGCCCAGAGCCCUUCGCACAGCUCAUGGCCGACUGCUGGGCGCAGGACCCCCACCGCAGGCCCGACUUCGCCUCCAUUCUUCAGCAGUUGGAGGCGCUAGAGGCGCAAGUUUUGCGGGAAAUGCCGCGGGACUCCUUCCAUUCCAUGCAGGAAGGCUGGAAGCGCGAGAUCCAAGGCCUCUUCGACGAGCUGCGGGCCAAGGAAAAGGAACUACUGAGCCGCGAGGAGGAGCUGACCCGCGCGGCGCGUGAGCAGCGGUCACAGGCGGAGCAGCUGCGGCGGCGCGAGCACCUGCUGGCUCAGUGGGAGCUGGAGGUGUUCGAGCGCGAGUUGACUCUGCUCUUGCAGCAGGUUGACCGCGAGCGGCCGCACGUUCGCCGCCGCCGCGGCACCUUCAAGCGCAGCAAACUCCGCGCGCGCGACGGGGGCGAGCGUAUCAGCAUGCCGCUCGACUUCAAACACCGCAUCACCGUGCAGGCCUCGCCCGGCCUGGACAGGAGGAGAAACGUCUUCGAGGUCGGGGCUGGGGACUCGCCCACCUUCCCCCGGUUCCGGGCCAUCCAGUUGGAGCCCGCAGAACCAGGCCAGGCAUGGGGCCGACAGUCCCCACGACGUCUGGAGGACUCUAGCAAUGGAGAGCGGCGAGCAUGCUGGGCCUGGGGUCCCAGUUCCCCGAAGCCUGGGGAAGCCCAGAAUGGGAGGAGAAGGUCCCGCAUGGAUGAAGCCACGUGGUACCUGGAGUCAGAUGACUUAUCCCCCUUAGGAUCUCCUUCCACACCCCCAGUGCUCAAUGGUAACCCCCCGCGGCCGAGCCCAGAGCCCGAGGAGCCUCGGCGGCCUGGCCCGGCAGAGCGCGGCAGCGGCUCCGGAACCCAAGACUGCCCGACGCCCCGGCCUCUCCGCUCGAGCCCCGACCAUCCCCGACCGGCCCACUCCAGCGCCCUGCUGCUGGAGCUGGGUGUCCCCUCCGGCCAGCCGUCAGCCAAGAGCCCGCGGCGCGAAGAGGAGAGGCGCGGAAACACUGUCUCACCCCCACCAGGGAUAUCGCGCUCCGCUCCUGGCACCCCGGGAACCCCACGCUCACCACCUCUGGGCCUCAUCAGCCGACCUCGGCCCUCACCCCUUCGCAGCCGAAUUGACCCCUGGAGCUUCGUGUCAGCUGGGCCACGGCCUUCACCCCUGCCCUCGCCACAGCCUACACCCCGCCGGGCACCCUGGACCUUAUUCCCAGACUCAGACCCCUUCUGGGACUCUCCACCUGCCAACCCCUUCCCGGGGGGCCCUCAGGACUGCAGGGUGCAGACCAAAGACGUGGGUGCCCAGGCCCCAUGGGCUCCAGAGGCAGAGCCCUGAGUGGGUCAGGCUGCUCCCCAUGCUCCAGCUGCUCUUGAGGAGCCACUGCUACACUGGAAUCAGAGCCGAGCAAGCCUCUCUAGCUGUCUUGGUUUCGCCCAGGGACCCCGCCCCCUUUGGGGGUCAGGAACACUACACUGCACAGGAAGCCUUCACACUGGAUGGGGAGCCUGCCCCCCACACACCUGCAAUGUUGUGGGUCCCCCGACUUACCCGCCCCAUUGGGGCCUGACACUGUACCCAGCUGGUUAGGAGGACCAGAGCCUGUCUCAGGGAAUUGCCCCGAGGGGUGGUACAGGGAGGAGGGGAGGUGCCGGGGAGAGGGGCCGGCCUUAGCUGUCACCAGCACUUUUGACCAAGUCCUGCUACUGUGGCCCCUGCCCCAGGGCUUAGUGUCUGGACCCCCCUGCCCUGGGGGUCAUCUGGGGCCGGGGCUCUCUGGGUGCCUUCCUGCUGCCCCGGCCAGGGUUGGGGCCUUGGCCUUGGGAUCCAAUGAAGCCAAAUAAACUCCCCAAGCUGUCUCCCCAA